GACUGGCAGCCGCAUUGUUGUUGGGGGAAGAGACGCGAAGCAGCAGAGCAGAGCAGCAGCGCAGCUCGGCCCGAGCACCGCAACCAUCUCGCGCCAGCACAGCCACCCAAUUUGCUGGCGCCGUCGAAUUCCUUGCGGCCCGGGCCUUGUGUCGCUCUGGAUACUCGGCGGGCGGAUCUGCUCGUUGGGUUGGGCAGCGAGCGCCGGCUGGAUGCGGAUUUAACCUAAGCGCCGCUGGGGCUCCGCAGGCCGCGCCGCCGACGCCAUUGCUACUAGUCCUGCUCUCCUAAAGCGGAAUUCCCCAUCAAAUUCAGCGUGUGGCGGCAUGAAGAAGAAAGCCCGGCACCAGCGCCCGGCGGCGGCGCCCAAGCGCGGCUCAUCGCCCAUCAAGCCGUCGCCCAACCGGGAGACGCUGACCUACGCGCAGGCCCAGCGGAUGGUGGAGCUGGAGGUGGACGGCCGCGUGCACCGGCUGAGCAUCUACGAAAAGCUGGACGUGGUCGGCGACGAGGACCCCACGGCGCAGGAGAUCCUGGAGUGCAACAGCAACAAGGAGAACCACGAGAAGCCCCGACAGGUCCCGGUGCGCUCGGCGCGCCUUCAAAACAGCCAGCGCAAGAAAAACGCCGCUCUGGCGGCACCGCCACGCGGGGGCACCAUCCCCGCCGCCCCGCCGGAGCCCCGAGUGAGGACGGUGGAGUACAACCUGCCCGUGGUGCCCAAGAGGCCGGCGGCGUAUUACACCUAUGCCGAGCGGACGGCGGAGGAGCUGGACGAGGAGGUGGAGUACGACAUGGACGAGGAGGACUACGCCUGGCUGGAGCUGCUCAACGAGAAGCGCAAGAGCGACGGCAUCGGCCAGGUGUCCAGCAACCUCUUUGAGUUCCUCAUGGACCGCUUCGAGAAGGAGUGGUACGCCGCCGCGCUGGGCCGCUGCGAGCCGCCGCGCUCGCUGGUGGACGAGGACGCCGUGUGCUGCGUGUGCAUGGACGGCGACGGCGCCGACAGCAACGUCAUCCUCUUCUGCGACGCCUGCGACAUCGCCGUGCACCAGGAGUGCUACGGCGUGCCCUACGUGCCCGAGGGCCGCUGGCUGUGCCGCCACUGCUUGCAGCGCCCGGCGCGGCCCGCCGACUGCGUCUUCUGCCCCAACCGGGGCGGCGCCCUAAAGAGGACGGACGACGGGCGCUGGGGACACGUGGCCUGCGCCCUGUGGGUGCCCGAGGUGGGCUUCUCGGACACGGUCUUCGUGGAGCCCAUUGACGGCGUGCGCAACAUCCCGCCCGCCCGCUGGAAGCUCACCUGCUACCUGUGCAAGGAGAAGGGGGCGGGCGCCUGCAUCCAGUGCGACCGGGUCAACUGCUACGCCGCCUUCCACGUCAGCUGCGCCCAGAAGGCCGGCCUCUUCAUGAAGAUGGAGCCCGUCGGGGAGGAGACGGCGCCGGGCGUCAAGAAGACGGCCUACUGCCGCAGCCACACGCCCGACGGCUGCGACCGCCGUCCGCUCAACGUCUACGAGGAGCCGCACCCCGAGAACGGCGCCGUUCGCCACAAGCGCGGCGAACGGCGCGGCAGGGCCCGCGCCAAGGCCUGGUGCAAGAAGCGCAGCAAGCGGCCCGAGCCUCCGGCCCGGCCCCGGCCGGAACCCCGAGGCGGCGUCGCCGACCCCGGGCCCAGCAUCACCUCCUCCAGCCUGGACACCAUCCUGCACCAGGUGGCCGUGCAGAGGAAGCGUCCCUUUGUGGAGCGCGUCCUGAGCUACUGGGUGCUCAAGAGGCGGUCCAGGAACAACGUGCCGCUCAUCCGCCGCCUGCAGGCCAACCCCAGCCAGGCGCCCAAGUCCACGUCGGCGGAACGCACGGAGAGCAACCGGGCCCUGAAGGAGCAGCUGAAGGAGUGGCAUCGACUCCGACACGACCUGGAGCGAGCGCGUCUGCUGCUGGAGCUGAUCAGGAAGAGGGAGAAACUCAAGAGGGAGGAGGUGAAGCUGCAGCAGUCGGCGCUGGAGGUCCAGCUGACGCCCUUCAACAUCCUGCUGAGGGCUGUGCUCAGUCAGCUGCAGCAGAAGGACCACUACAAUGUCUUUGCUCAGCCCGUCAGCACCAAGGAGGUCCCGGACUACUUGGACCACAUCAAGCAGCCCAUGGACUUCUCCACCAUGAGGACUCGGAUAGACGCUCACUCGUACCGCAGCCUGGACCAGUUUGAGGCUGACUUUGACCUGAUCAUUGCCAACUGCAUGAAGUACAACGCCAAGGAGACCUUCUUCUACAAGGCGGCCCAGAGGAUGCAGGACCUGGGCGGCGCCAUCCUGCGCCGCGCCCGCAAGGAGGCCGACCGCAUCGGCUUCGACUUCUCCAGCGGGUUGCUGCUGCCCGAGGCCCCCAAAGCGGAGACGCCGCCGCCCUUCGCCUGGGAGGACGUGGACCGCCUGCUGAGCCCCUCGUACCGCCGCCUGACGCCGCUGGAGGAUCAGCUGAAGGAGCUGCUGCAGAAGCUGGACCUGAGCGCGGCCAUGAAGAGCAGUCAGUCUCGCAGCAAGAGGCUCAAGCUGCUCAAGAAGACCAUCACGGACGUUCGGAGCGAGAUGAGCCUCGAGAAGCCGGCACCGCCGCCGCCACCUGAGCUUGCGGAAUCUCCCCACGCUCCCGACUCGAAGGCCUCCGCUCCUUCGACGCUCGAGGCGUCGACGCCGUCGGAAGUGCCGCCUGACCCGGGGCCGCCCUCCCCGAACCCGGCGGAGCCCGCCGCCGCGGCGGAACCGGCUGACGUCACUCGCACCUCAUCUACCUCAGCGCCCUGCCACGAGCUCAACGUGGACCUCGGCGACGGCGAGGAAGCCGCGCCGCGGACCGACGGCCUCUCGCGCAGGUCCAAGAGCGUCAGUCCGCAGAAGCCCCCCAGAGACGACGGACAGGAGGCGUCGGCCGUCCCCUCGCCAGCGGGCGCCAAGACCUUCCUGUCGGUGGUUAUCCCCCGGCUAGAGACGCUCCUGCUGCCCAAAAAGCGGCCGCGAAGCAGCAGCGUCGACGGCGAGGAAGACGGCCAGUCGCCCGUCAAGCGUCUGGGCACGGGGUUGGCCAACGGUUUUGUGGAGGAGGAGGAGGAAACCUCGGCGCCGCCGCGAUUGCUGGAGCCUCGACGUCGCUGCGCCUCCGAGUCCAGCGUCUCCUCGGGAGUCCCGCCGGGUGCCAGCUCAGAGGUGGUCUUCAAAAGUGCCAAAGGGCAACCGACGGCAGGCGCGCCGGCUCCGCGCAAGCCGGCGGACGACGACGACGAAAGCGCUCCCGCGUCUUGCGGCGACAACGGAGAGCUCAGCCACGCCGUCAAGGCGUCGUCAGAUCAUGGAGCCGCCGGCGCGGAGGGCGAGGCGGCGCCGGCGCAAAGGGGCGGGGGCGGAGCUGCCCCGCCCGCCGCGGGACGUGCUCCGAGCCGGCGAGCGGAUGCAGUUCAGGUCCGCAGAGAAACUCUUCCUCGUCCACUUCUUCGACAGCAGGCGCAGCUGGCAAUGGCUUCCUAGAUCCAAGAUGUCUCCGUUCGGCAUGGACCACACUCUGGACCGCGUCAAGCUGCUGGAGUCUCGCCGCUCUCACCUGCACAAGUCGGUGCAACGAGCCUUCGAGCGGGCCAUGAAGCACCUCCACCAGCACCGCUGUGGCGGCACCAACACUCAACACUGACGUCCACCCACGUCUGCCUUUGGCGUCGCCCUCUCCUGCUUUGGGGAGCUUCCCGGCGCCUGGAAGGCCGGCCGGCCUCCUCGCGCACAAACCCGUACUGUAGCCGGCGGCGGCCAUCUUGUCCGGCCGGCCCCGAGACCUAUGCAACGUCGACACUUUGCUGACGGGAGGAUGAAUGUGCCCACGAGACUGACCACCUCACAUCUGCUGCAACUAUCUUACUGCCACGAAGACCGUGUGUGUGCGUGUGCGUGCGUGUUUGCCAUUGUGUGCGUGUGUGCGCGCGUGUCAGCCUCCUGUAAAUCGAGGUCCUGACCCGACACUAAUUUAUUCCCAUCCUCUCGUCAUCAGAUAUCUUGAGGCGACAAGGGCCGCCGCCAUCUUGUGGUGCUAUUCAUACAUUCAUUCAUUCAUACUUCAUCAGUUGAACUUUUUUUAAGUUAUUGCCUACUCAAGCUUUGACGACUUUGGCAUCAGUUGUUUUUGUUUUUUAUGAUAAAGUAUGUUUUUACACGACUACUCGUUUGUACAUAUUUCUAUCAAAUCUAUAGACAUGCUCAUUGUUUGAAGUGGCGCAAAAUCAAGUUUGACUUUUCUUUGAAUAAUGAGCCUUAGUGUGUGUGUUUAUGUUUUGGAACUACAGGGGCAAGCAGAAUGUGCCUGCACUUAUUUAUUGUAAAGCAGAUCUUAUAUAAAUGUUUAUGAAUGACUUUCUAGAUUAUAGUGAGCCGAUAGUGGGGGGGAGGGGGGUACCAUAGUGGUGCCGGGCGAGCUCGCUUUUGUUUGGACAGGGUCGAGUCGGCGCCAGGUGGCGCCACUUCCUGCUUUCUUCUCUUGUGCGUGCGUCACCUGUGUUGUGCGUGUAAAUAGUUUUGGUACUUUAGCUCUGGGAAUCAAAGAAAAAAAGUCCUAGCCAACGGAAGUCGAAAACAGCCAACACUGUGGCUUUGUUUUUUAUUUUAUUUUAUACUAAAACACUGACCAAUUAAAAUCUGCAUUGAA